AGUAUAUAAACGCAUGAAAAUGUAUACCACGUUUAGUUUCGUUUUGAUGUGAUUAAUGUGACAACGGAGUAAAUAAUUACUCAAAAUGUUCUCAGUGAUUCAAAUCGUUGUUAUUACUUUAACAAUUUUUGUCGGAUGUGAAGCUGCAAAUGGACCGGAUCAUUCAAAAUGCAAACGAAAUUUGAAAUCUCGAAACUACAAUUACGAAGUUUACCCAAUAGACGAAAUAAAAAAUGAUAACGACAUUUAUUUGGAGUUCUCCGUAAAAGCUGAAAAAGAUGCUCUAAUUAUUUUUUCUCCAACAAACGAUACAAAGAACAGCGGUCCAAAUUUCUAUGAAAUACUGAUAGGCGGUUAUACCAAUACGAAAUCAACAAUCCGAGAAACUCCAGGAUCAGGAAAUACAGAACUGGCUACACAUGACGAGGACGACAUAUUAUCAUCUAAAGAUUAUCGUCAAUUCUGGAUUCGAAUUUCUCUAAACGGAUCAUCGAUUCAAGUGGGGAAAAAAGGGAAAGCUCCGUUCAUGCAAUUGUCAAAAAGGCAGUCUAAGAACAUUGCCUACUAUGGAUUAGCUACUUGGUUUGAAGAUAUUCGUGAAGUGAACUGGUAUUUUCCAUGUUCCGAUGACGGUAAAUAUGACAAGAACAAAACCCGUAUUAUCGAUACCGUAUUCGCCAAUUAUUCACACACGUCCCUACCAAAAAAUGAAAUUACUCAAGCAGAUAUCACGUUCGUAAGCCAAAAUACGUAUUUUCCGGAUUCUGAAAACGCAGAGAUAAACGGAACUGCAAAUAUAACAUGGAAAGAUGAACGAUUAUCCUGGAAACCAGCAUCUUAUAAUAAUUACCGAUCUGUAGAUGUGAAAUACAAACCCGUAUGGAAACCUAACAUUACCCUCACAAACGGUGAAUUAGUCAACGGAACACUGAAUUCUGCCAAUAAUUCGAUGAUAUCCUUAUCUUAUGAUGGGAACGUAACAUGGACCACUCAAUUCAGAUUAAGAACACCGUGUCUACCUGAGGGGGAAAAUGCGCACAAACCACGAUUGUACUGCUCGAUCGAAUUGACAUCAAGCAUUUCAAAUAUAAAUUUCAACUUUUCAAACCAUAUCAAUUCUACACUCCAAAUCAAAAGCGCAUCGAAAUUUGACUACAAGUAUGUUGAACUUCAGGAUAAGAAUCAAAAUAAAUUCAAGUUUGCCGCAGAUUUGGUCUACGACAAACUAGGCCGUAGCACUUCAAACUGAGAAAAUCAUAGCAAAUGAGAGGAAAUCAUUCCCAACAACAUGAAUUCACUGAAAUGUUUAGCGACAAAUCAGAGUGGAAAAAAACAACUGCAACACAUUGAAAAUGUUCCUUACCUAUUUCUUUAAUUAAACUUAUGCAAUGUACCUAUUUUUAAUAUUCUAUUUUUGAUUAAGUUUAGACUGUUUAUUAUUUUCACUAUUUUGCUGUCAUGGUAAUUUUUUAAAAAUUAUUUUACUUUCCUGAAAGAAUAAAUGAUGUACCUAUU